AUGGUUUCUAAGGAAGGGAGCAAAAGAUGUAGUUUUGGAGGUGCUGACGAGGCCGAGGUAUUGGGUAAUUUGUUGACUGAGGAAUUAGGUGGGCAGUGUUCUGAUGUAAGAGAGGAGAAUAGAAGACUAAUCAAGAAGAUAGUAGUGGAAAAAAAAGGAAAUGGUGAUACUAGUAAUCGGUGUAAGAGUAAGAUGAAAAGAGUUAAUUUGGUUGUUCCCAAGAGUGAGUCCAAGUUUGAGCAUGAAUCAGUGGUUUUUAGGUCCAGGGAGGGGGAUAAGAGGAGGAGAGAGGAAAGGAUCGGGAGGGAAAAAGACAGAGAAGAUCUACUGAGGAAAAAAAGUUGA